AUGUUACAUCUAGUAGGCCUCGGAUUAUCCGAUGAAACAGACAUCACCGUUAAAGGCCUAGAAACAGUCAAGAAGGCAGCGCGAGUCUACCUCGAAGCCUAUACCAGCAUCCUCCUCGUCGACAAAUCCGUGCUCGUAAGUCCUUUUCCACAUCGACAAAAAAAUAACCAAGAAAACUGACCAAACUGAUACGCAGUAGGAGAAAUACUAUGGCCGGGAAGUAAUCCUCGCCGAUCGGGAGAUGGUCGAAUCCUCGAGCGAUGAGAUCCUCCGCGAUGCCCAAACCCUUGAUAUCGCAUUCCUCGUGGUGGGAGAUCCAUUUGGGUAUUUACUUCCCUCUCCUUCCACUUCCUUUCAACACCUUUAAUCAAAUGCUACUGCAGAGCAACAACACACACCGACCUCGUCCUCCGCGCCCGCGAACUCUCCAUCCCCAUCCGUACAAUCCCCAACGCCUCCAUCGUUUCCGCAAUAGGCAGCACGGGGCUGCAACUCUACAACUUCGGACAAACCGUAUCCAUGGUCUUCUUCACAGAUUCCUGGAAGCCCGCCUCCUUCCACGACCGGAUCCGAGAAAACCGCACCAUCGGUCUGCAUACCCUCGUCCUUCUCGAUAUCAAAGUCAAAGAACAGUCUUUGGAGAACUUGGCGCGAGGAAUUCGUAUCUAUGAGGAGGCGAGGUACAUGACGGUCGGCCAGUGUUGUCAGCAGAUGCUGGAGAUUGAGGAGAUUAAGAGGGCGGAGGGGGAGGGGAUGGAGGGGGUUUAUUCGGGGGAGAGUUUAGCUGUGGGUGUUGCACGGGUGGGAGGGAAGGAUGAGAAGUUUGUUAGUGGGACGCUGGAGCAGCUUUGUGAGGUUGAUGAGGUUCUUGGAGGACCGUUGCAUAGUUUGGUACUGUUGGGGAGAAGAACGCAUGAGUUGGAGAGUGAUUACGUGAGAGAGUUUGCGGUGGAUAAGGAGUUGUGGGAUACGAUUUGGAAAAGGGAUUAUGAGGGGAAGCAAUAG